AAUUGAGGCUGUUUUGUCAGACGCUGUCCGAUCAUCGUUUUAUCAACAAGCUUUAAACUUCUUUCUUCCAAGAAAACAUCUAGUUCUCCUUUAAAGAGGCCAAUUAACUGAAGCAAAGAUGCCUUUCAAGGAUAGAUGGGCGCCCAGGCACGACUAUCACAAGCUCGACCUGGCGUUCAUCGUCGAUUGUACUGGCUCUAUGGGAGAGUAUAUCAGACAAGCACAAAAACAUGUUAUCAGCAUUUCCGAGACCAUUUCUCGCACAGCCUACAACGUGAGACUGGCUCUUGUGGAAUACAGAGACCAUCCUCCCCAAGACAAAAGCUUUGUGACCCGUGUGCAUGAUUUUACGAGCGAUGUGAAAGAGAUGAAAGUUUGGGUUGACAAAAUGAGUGCUAGUGGUGGCGGGGAUUGUCCCGAGUCUGUCGCAGACGCCAUCUUUAAAGCAUGUAAACUCGGAUAUCGAGAAGAUGCAACCAAAAUGUGUGUUUUAAUAGCUGAUGCCCCACCUCAUGGUUUGGGCUUCGCACAUGAUGGAUUCCCUAAUGGCUGUCCAGAUAACCAUGACCCUCUAGCCAGUUGCCAUGUAAUGGCCGAAAAAGGAAUAACAUUGUACACCAUUGGCUGUGAGCCAUCAGUGGACUCCUUUAGGGAUUUCCUGGUCGGAAUGGCCGCAAUAACCGGUGGACAGUAUGUGCCGCUACACAGCGCUAAUGUUAUGUCAAAGAUGAUCAUUGAUGGAGCUUUGGAAGAGGUUUCUCUGGAGAAGUUGAUGGGCUAUGUUGAUGAUUUUGUACAAAUGGAGAUUUUCAGGCGGAAGCAGGAGCAAAAACAGGUAGCAGUAGGCAAUUUAGCAGAGAGUUUAAACAAAUACCUUAAUCUAAAUAACAAUAGAUGCCAGCAAUUAAGACUGGGGGAGAAAACCUUAGAUGUCAGCAGCAACAAUAGUGAAAAAUACUCCAGUAUGAAAAGUAUGAAACAGGCCAGAGAACUCUUUAAAAAGAGCAAAAAUCAAGCCAAGGGUCUGACAGAGGUGAAGGGAGCCCAGCCGGAAAUUGCAGAAGAUCAAACUAUCAGUUUUUUUCAGGCAAAGCGAUUGUUGAGAAAAUCACUUUCUCGUCAGAAAAUUCCUGUCACUCAUGACGAAAUUGAAAAUCAAAUUGUUAUUUGUUUUCAGCAGAUGGCAUUGUAAGACCAGACAUGAUACCAUACAGUACAUCAUUUCAACAAAUUCAUACAUUCCAGUAGAGUUUUUUUUAAACAGUGGAGUGUAUGUUUCUGAAUACACAUCUUAACGGUAAACAAGACAAUGUGUGUACAACUGGAACCAUUCUUUUUACUUUCUUUAUGAUAAUUGGACUAAAAUAAGUUGUACAUAAUGAUCAAUGUGGCCAAAUGGUUACAGUUUCAUCUUAAUAAGGCUGUGUUCACACUAGCACCAAAAACAUAAUAAUGCUUAGAAUAUUCAUGGUUUAAUAAUGACAUAUUAUUGUAUUUGUUAUUUAUUACUUGGUAGCAUAAUCAGUAUUUGGCUACACAGAACUUUUAAAAAAUGUUCUGAGUAAUCAUAUUUCAUCUAUAUAUAAUAUGAAUUCAGCAUAGUCAACCAACAACAGCUCUUUUAAGCAAAAUUCUACUAAACAUAUUUUUAUUGUAUACAUACUGUAUACUGCUCUGCUUUUACAAUUCAAUCAGCUAUGUGUAAUGACUCACUCACAAGGGCCAUUCGUAAGCGCCAAUGUCAACCAAAAUAAGGUUCCUUGUAUUGGAGGGAGGUAACUAUAAAUUGGACGUUUUUCUCAUUAAAGCUAAAAUUUGCACUGUUA